AUGGUUUCCUUCUGUUUGCACCCACCGGGUCUGGGAGCAUGGGUGGAGCACUUCCCUCUUCUUUUCCCACUCUCCCCAGUGCUCUCCAAGUCAGAUCCAGUGUUUGCUUCAAGUGGAAAUAAAGAGAUUAUUUCCCAUAUUAGUCAACAUGGAGGAAAAUGGCCUUACUGGUUUAAAAAAAUGGAAAAUAUUCAGAAGUUGAGGAAUUAUACAUUGAAAUUACAAGUUGUAUUGAAUGAAAGUAAUGCAGACACUUACGCAGGAAGACCACUACCAUCCAAAGCAAUUAAGUUUUCUGUUAAAGAGGGUAAGCCAGAGAAAUUUUCAUUUGGUCUUCUGGAUCCUCCUUUUCAUGUUGGCCUUCCAUUCAAUAUCCCUCUGGAAUUUCAGGAUGAAUUUGGUCAUACCAGUCAACUAGUAACUGAUAUUCAGCCAGUUCUUGAAGCAAGUGGUUUAUCUUUACAUUAUGAAGAAAUAAAAGGACCAAAUUCUGUAAUUCAAGGUGUUACAGCUAAGGGCCCUGUAAACGCUUGUCAAGGCAAGAAUUAUAACCUGAAAGUUGUUCUGCCAGUCUUAAAAGAAGACUCACAGAUUUUGAAAAUCAGAUUACUACCUGGUCACCCUCGUCGACUGAAAGUGAAGCCUGAUUCCGAAAUUUUAGUUACAGAAAAUGGAACAGCUUUCCCAUUUCAGGUGGAAGUUUUAGAUGAAUCAGACAACAUAACAGCACAACCAAAAUUAAUUGUUCAUUGUAAGUUUUCAGGUGCUCCAAACCUUCCAGUGUAUGUUGUAGAUUGCAGUAGUUCCGGAACCAGUAUUUUAACAGAAUCUGCAAUUCAAGUUCAGAAUAUUAAAAAAGACCAGACGCUUAAAGCACGAAUUGAAAUACCUAGUUGUAAAGAUGUGGCACCUGUGGAGAAGACUAUUAAGUUGCUUCCCAGUAGCCAUGUUGCAAGACUACAAAUAUUCAGUGUAGAAGGACAAAAGGCAAUCCAGAUCAAACAUCAGGAUGAGGUUAAUUGGAUAGCAGGCGAUGUUAUGCAUAAUCUUAUUUUUCAAAUGUAUGAUGAGGGUGAAAGAGAAAUCAAUAUAACAUCAGCUUUAGCAGAAAAAAUUAAAGUUAAUCGGACUCCUGAGAUUAACAAAGAACACUUGCUACAGGGUCUACUUCCUGAUGUACAAGUACCAACAUCUGUAAAAGAUAUGCGCUAUUGCCAAGUUUCGUUCCAAGAUGAUCAUGUGUCUUUGGAAAGUGCAUUUACAGUAAGACCACUUCCUGAUGAACCUAAACAUUUAAAAUGUGAGUUAAAAGGAGGAAAAACAGUAUAGAUAGGCCAAGAGCUUCAAGGAGAAGUAAUUAUAAUAAUUACGGAUCAGUACGGAAAUCAGAUUCAAGCAUUUUCACCAAGUUCUUUAUCUGCUUUGUCAGUUGCUGGGGUUGGACUUGAUAGCUCAAAUUUGAAAACAACCUUUCAGUUCAUUCCAGUGAUUCAUGGAAGAGAUUUACAGAACCCUAUUAUUGUUCAACUUUGUGAUCAGUGGGAUAAUCCAGCACCGGUACCACAUGUUAAAAUAAGUCUUACAAAAGCUAGCAAUUUAAAGCUCAUGCCUUCAAACCAACAGCAUAAAACAGAUGAGAAGGGCAGGGCUAAUUUGGGAGUAUACAGUGUUUUUGCCCCUAGGGGAGAGCAUACUGUGCAGGUUAAAGCCAUCUAUAAUAAGAGUAUCAUAGAAGGACCUGUAAUUAAAUUAAUGAUUCUUCCAGACCCAGAAAAACCCAUUUGUCUCAAUGUUAAAUAUGACAAAGAUGCUUCCUUCUUAGCUGGGGGUCUUUUCACUGAUUUUAUGAUUAGUGUUAUUUCUGAAGAUGACAGUAUUAUUAAAAAUAUUAAUCCAACACGUAUUUCCAUGAAAAUGUGGAAGCUCUCUACCAGUGGGAACCGACCCCCAGCAAAUGCAGAAACAUUUAGUUGUAAUAAAAUAAAAGAUAAUGACAAGGAAGAUGGCUGCUUCUAUUUCAGGGAUAAAGUAAUUCCUAAUAAAGUGGGGGCAUAUUGUAUCCAGUUUGGUUUUAUGAUGGAUAAAACAAAUAUUCUCAACAGUAAACAGAUUAUAGUUGAUGUCCUGCCUAAUCAACAUGUGAAGUUAGUGCCUAAAAUUAAACCACCUACACCAGCUGUUUCUAAUAUUCGCUCAGUUGCCAGUAGGACCUCGGUCAGAGAUACGGAUGACUACAAUAACCAUACUGGAAUUGAUUUGGUCGGCACUAUAGGAGCCACCAUUAAAGGUUCUAAUGAGGAAGAUACUGAUACCCCACUCUUUAUUGGGAUCAGAACACUUGAAUUCCCCUUUGUGAAUGGUUCAGCUGAAAUCACAAGUCUGGUGCUGGCAGAAAGUAGUCCUGGAAGAGAUAGUACUGAAUAUUUUAUCAUAUUUGAGCCCCAGCUGCCACUUUUAUCAAGAACCUUAGAACCAUACAUCCUACCAUUCAUGUUUUACAAUGAUGUUAAAAAGCAGCAACAAAUGGCAGCACUUACAAAAGAAAAGGACCAAUUAUCUCAGUCUAUUAUUAUGUAUAAAAGUUUAUUUGAAGCAGGCCAACAGCUUCUUAAUGAAAUGAAAUGUCAAGUUGAAGAAGCAAGAUUAAAAGAGGCCCAAUUGCGAAAUGAACUAAAAAUACAUAAUAUUGACAUUCCUACAACACAACAGGUGCCACACAUUGAAACACUUCUGAAAAGAAAGCUAUCGGAACAGGAAGAACUAAAGAAAAAACCGAGAAGAUCAUGUACUCUUCCAAACUAUACUAAAGGCAGUGGAGAUGUGUUGGGAAAGAUUGCACAUCUAGCACAAAUUGAAGAUGAUAGAGCUGCAAUGGUUAUUUCUUGGCAUCUGGAAAGUGACAUGGACUGUGUAGUCACCCUAACCACUGAUGCUGCACGUCGUAUCUAUGAUGAAACCCAAGGUCAUCAGCAGGUGUUGCCCCUUGAUUCUAUUUAUAAGAAGACUCUUCCAGAUUGGAAAAGAUCUCUACCUCAUUUCUGAAAUGGAAAAUUGUAUUUUAAACCCAUUGGAGAUCCAGUCUUUGCUCGAGACUUGUUAACAUUUCCAGAUAAUAUAGAACAUUGUGAAACAGUAUUUGGUAUGCUGUUAGGAGACACCAUUAUUUUGGAUAAUCUGGAUGCAGCCAAUCAUUAUAGAAAAGAGUUAAGAAACAAUAAUAGGGAGCUUCUUCAGCAGUAUCGUUCUGCUGUGUGCAAACUAGACAGUGUGAAUAAGGAUUUUAACAGUCAGUUAGAGUACCUUCACACUCCAGAUAUGAAGAAGAAAAAGCAGGAACUUGAUGAACAUGAGAAAAAUCUCAAAUUAAUAGAGGAAAAACUAGGUAUGACUCCCAUACAUAAGUGUAAUGACUCAUUGCGUCAGUCACCAAAGGUUGAGAUGACAGAUUGUCCAAUUCCUCCUAAAAGCAUGAGACGAGAAGUUACAAGACAAAAUAGGUGAGUCUGUUAUGACUUG